AUGGACGAAAAAACCUACACCAAUGCGGAAACACGCUCAAUUCCCCUCUACCGAUUCAAUUACCUGCGCCAACGCAAACAGUUGUUGGAUAUUGUAAUCAUUACGAAGGAAAGUCACGAAGUCGCUGCCCAUCGCCUUGUCCUAUGCACUCGGUUUCCUCUAAUUGGCAACAAAAUUCUUAGUAAUGAAAACAAACGCAUUGAAUGGAAGAGAUUUCCUGCGAACACUGUGAAGACCGCAGUGGAUUAUGCCUACACAGGCAAUGCCAGAGUGAACUCUGACAAUGUCACAGGCCUGUAUCUACUAGCGCACAAUCUGCGGUGUUCCCAGUUGAUCACGUGGUGCGUUGAUUAUAUGCGAAGCAGAAUAACGCUAGAAAAUUUGGAAGAAAUUUGGUUUAUUGCAAACGCAACUGCAAACAGUGAUCUUAUAGAGGAGUGUGUACCACUAAUCGCGGUCAUAUUUGAAGGUCUUAGUGACAGUAGAAGGUUCCUUCAAUACACGGAAGUCGAUGGCCUUACAGCACUCCUGAAUGUCUUACGACUCAGUGGUGUCUCCGACGAAAUCAAAUUACGAGCAAUCGCUACUUGGCUUGAGGCAUCGCCCCACCUUGCAGACCGACGUGCUCGAGCCAAUUCUUUUGGACACGUCUUAUCAACUGUGAAGUUGGAAAAGUUACCUGCUUCUAUGAUUCUUGGAAUUACCUCAAAGGAAUCAGAUAUCGUCUUUUCAAAGGAGUGCAGAAAAGUAUUAAUUGACACCUGGAAGGAUGCUCGAAGAGUUCACGACAAGCUGUUACACUCCCCCGGCCCUAUCGUCAGCUAUAACUCGAACAGUAUUAUGGAAGACAUAUUUUUCCAUGCAUGGGACGAGGAGUCUGCCUAUGGCAUUUUGGCUUCGCUGCCACAACUUCAUGGUGUUGGAAAUGCGCGCUAUUGUGCACCGUACAGACGAAAUUGCUCCGUCGCCGCCUUUAAUGACGACGUGUACAUAAUCGGUGGGAAGGACGAUAACGGAAAAUCGCUUUCACAGGUGGAAAAGGUGAAUCUGCGCAAUGGCCAGAUCCACAGCACAACACCAAUGUCAAGUUCGCGAAGUGGAGCCUCAGCAGUAGCAAGUGAUCGCUCUAUUCUUGUCUUUGGAGGUUACGACAAAACACGCAAUGUCAUCCUAUCCUCCUGCGAAGAAUAUGAUCCCAAUGCUGAUAGAUGGACUUCACUGCCCAGAAUGCCUACGGCAAGGUACGCAACUGGAGCCAUCUACAUUCCCGACGUUGGUGAACUAGUUGUCGGGGGUUAUGAUGGAAUAGGUAAAUCAGCUUCGGACCUACAUACUGCCGAACUUCUCCUCGACGGGAAGCCAGGCACUGAAGGUGACCGUGUGUGGUGCACGGUCACUCCAAUGUUACAACCCCGAAGCUGGCCAACAGGAGUUUAUUUUGAUGGGAGAGUGCACGUUGCCAGAGGGGGUGAUGACAGUGUCGAAGCUCUAACUUUGGCCUCCGGCCAGUGGACCCUCAUUUCCAGAUCUUUUAUGGUCGACUCUUACCCAUUUUCAAUGGCCAUUUUUACUGGGCGACUUUUACUUGCGUGUGAGUAA